AGUUUGGAUGACCUGAUAAGGGCGGGCAUAAAUUUGGCCGAUUCUGUGGUAGUGGUGAACAAGGAGUCGACCAAUUCAGCCGAAGAAGACUAUUUGGCCGAUUGUAAUACAAUAGUUGCCGUACAGACCAUGUUUAAGAUGUUUCCGUCGGCGCGUAUGAUCACAGAAUUGAGUCAAUCAAGUAAUAUGCGAUUCAUGCAGUUUAGAGCUCAUGACGCCUAUGCGCUCUCUCUAUCCAAAAUGGAAAAGAUGGAAAGGGAACGCGGAUCUCAUAUAUCAUACAUGUUUAGGCUUCCAUUCGCUGCCGGGAGUGUCUUCAGUGCCUCAAUGUUGGACACAUUGCUAUACCAGGCGUUUGUCAAAGACUACAUGAUUACAGUGGUUCGGCUAUUGUUAGGCAUAGAUCAGGCGCCCGGCUCUGGCUUCUUGUCCUCCAUGCGGAUCACAAAAGACGACCUCUGGAUCCGCACUUACGGCCGACUCUAUCAGAGGUUGUGCUCCACGACUUGCGAAAUACCUAUCGGUAUAUAUAGAACUCAAAGCACACAAAAUCCGGAACUGUUUCCCGGGGUCCAAAUAGCGUACGAUUUUGUGUUUCCUGUGAGCGAACAAAUGAAUUUUCAACAAAUCAGUGUCGAAGUCGAGCGCCAAGAGAUCACGAAUCUGGUCCGCAAUCGACUCACAGACAUGGGUAUACCUCAGGAAGACUACGAUAAUUGCUCUGAAAAGCGAAGUAGUCUUUCGUAUGUUAUUAUUAAUCCAAACUGUGAUCUCAAACUAGAAGAGGGAGACAUUAUCUUCAUAAUAAAGCCGAGUCCUAUCAAUAGUAAGAAGAUAUUUCUGACGCGAGGAAACUCAAUGCGCUCUAAGUCUCCCUCAUGUCGUGUCAAACGAUCGCGAAGUUCUCAAUCAAACGUCAAUAAUAGAGAGCAUCCGACCAUAGAUGUGGUCAUCGAUACUGUGGCCACGCCUUUGAUCGGCUCACCCGAGAGUCCCGAAGCCAAUGACAGCGACGGCAGUCAUUGUUCGCUUCCCGGCGUUACGCAGCCGACGACCACCGCUGGUCUCGAGUGUCUUCUCGUGGGUCUCGAAGACAGUGGCGUCAAAAUACAUAUUAAUGACGAUAAGACUGAUAGUAGUUUCAACGGCACUAUCGUCUAAACACACUCUUUUGGUUUUAUGUUUUGUUUUAUCAAAUUUUUUGACAAGUUUUUUGGAUUUGAGUUUCGAUUGAAAAUUGUUAUUUCAAAACACUUAUUAAAACUAUGCGCACAAACAAAGGG